AUGGUGAUGGAGUGCGGCAGGAUCUCUUUGAAUGCUGCGGUGCAGCUGCUGGCCGACGCCCGCGCCCUCGGCGAGAGCCUCCACAACGGCGCCCCGCGCGCCCGCUGGGCUGCGCUGCAGCGGCGCCGCGCCGCGCGGCUGGAGCGCGACGCGCCUUGCGACGCGGCUUCCGCGCCUGCCCAGCGGCGCUUCUGCUCGGCGGCUCGCCGGGUCGACGCCGCCGCACCAACACAGCCGCCCAGCAACCACCAAGGCGUCCUAGUUGUCGCCGGUGGGGCCCACGGCCUCAGCAAUGCAUACAUCCUCAUCCGCGCGCUGCGCCACAUCGGCUGCCGGCUGCCUGUCGAGGUGGUAUACUAUGGGGAUCAUGAGUACCACGCCCCUAUUGCACAGCUGAUCUCAGUUCUCGACGGCGCAGAGGCCGUGGCAGCGCCCGACGGCGGCGCUCGCGGCGACGACGCCGCCGCUGCAGGGGCGCGGGGCCAGUGCUCUGCAGCGGAGGCCGCGGCAGGCUGCAAGGCAGAGGAUGCUGCCGCGGCGCCGCGGCCGCGCGUGCGGCUGGUGGACGGCCUGGCCUUCCACGAGCAGCACCUGCGGCCGCUGGCGCCGCACAGGGAGAUGCCUGGCGGCAUCAGGGGUUUUGGCGCCAAGGUCCAUGCGCUGUGUUUCGUGACGUCGUUCGAACAGGUGCUGAUGCUGGACGCUGAUAACCUGGCGGUGCAGGACCCCACCCGGCUGUUCAGCGACCCUGGCUUCCUGGCCCAUGGCAACCUGUUCUGGCAGGACUUUUGGACAGAUAUGUGGGUCAACCUGAGCAUCUACAGGCUGCUGGCCAUGGAGGUGCCCUGGGAGGCCGACCCAACAGAGCUCGCGGCAGAGGCGGGGCAGGUCCUGCUUGAUCGCGUGAGGCACUACGACACCCUGGAGUACCUCUGGCUGCUGGCCACACACCCAGAGGUGCGGUUGCUGUGGAUGGAGGCGGACGCCGGAGGGAUCGCGUUCCAUCUUGCCGGCAAGGGCCAGCAAUACCAGGCCCUCCGCCCCCGCCCGCGGCAGCUCCUUGGCUCUCCCCCUGCGCCGCCGGACGCGGCAGAGGGGCCCGGGCAGGUGGUGCGGCCGCUGCACCACCUGGGUAUGGCGCAGCUGGCUCCCGACGGCCGCAGCGUCAUGUUCUACCACAGGACCGCGGCGGGCAAGCUGUUCCCACAUUGCAUCUACCGCUGGGGACACGCACUGUCCGCCUGCGUGCCGCUGUGGAUCACGCUGCCCGUCGACCAGCAGCAGCUGCUUGAAUCCGUGUCAGAUCCAACAGAGAUGGUCUUCCAGCCAAGCGCAGUGGACGCGACGUGGCAUAAGACGCACUGCAAGGGCGCCAGCGCGCCCCGCCCCGACGCCACGCCUGGCGCGGCCGACGCGCCGUUCCGGCUGCCUGAGUGCCAGCCCGGCUGGCAGGGGCGGCGGCCCGUGCCGCUGGUGCCUGUGGCCGCGGUGCCUGUGCUGGAGGCGCUGCUGCGAUGGGUGCACGAAGGGGCGUUCCUGCCGCUGCUGGCACACCACGGCCGGACGGGCGGCGUGGCGUGA